AUGGAUGAUAGUUUAUGUGGAAAAUUUGGUUUUUUGAGGACGUAUUUACCCGAUGAUUUAAGCAUAACUACAACACCUGAUUUUUUUGAAUAUUCGAAAUUCAAAAAUUACUGCCCUAAUGAAGACUGCAAUACUGAUCUCGAUAAAAUUACGAUUGGAUUUUUAUGGUUACUUGAACAAUAUUUUACUAUAUCCCUAGAUAAAAGUUAUAAUGAAAAUAAUACUAAACCAUUUUUUCUAUAUAUUAUUUUAUGGUUAAGUUACAAAUUAAAUAAAAACACAGAGCACAAUGCCACCAAAAUAAACGAUUUUUAUAUUAAACAUGUAAAUGAAAAUGAUAAAUAUAAAAAAUUUAGAGAUGCUGCCUAUACAUAUACAGAUCUUGAGGAAUUCAUAAAUAAACAAAACGAAUUGUUGAAUAUUGACAUUAAAGAUCUUUCUAAUUUUUAUGAUGCAUCCAAAUUAAUAUGUAGUAUGUAUGGUAAUGUUGCACAGGGUCAAACAAGCGAGAUACUGUCAAAUAAUGUGAAUGAGUUUAUUAACAAAUAUACAGAGCUAAACAAUAAAUAUAAUAAUGAAGAUGCCCCACAUCGUCAAAUAUUGUCUGCUUUAUCAACUGAUUAUAAUAAUUUAAAUAAGAAAUGUAGCAACAUUCCAUAUUUUUCAGAGAUAACAUCAAACAUGUAUGCACUAAAAUCUGGAGAUACAUCGUCAAGUUCGUCGAUAGGAAACAAGUUAUUUACAGUUGUAUCGAUAUUUGGUGCAAUAGCAUUUUUUUUAGGAAUUUCUUACAAGUAUUCGUUAUUUGGAUUUCGGAAACGAUUUAAAAAACAACAAAUAAGAGAAAAAAUAAAAAAUAUAAAGAAGAAAAUGAAUUAUUAA